AUGAUGAGGACCACGCAGGACUUCAGUGACGGGCACCUCUGGGUCUCCGUGGUAACCAGACCUCCUCACUCCUCCUUCAGCAGAGUCCAGAGGAUCUCCUGCUGCUUCUCUCUGCUCCUCUGCACCAUGCUCACCUCCAUCAUGUUCUACGGCAUCCCCACGGACCCCUCGGACCAAGUCAUGGACCUGGGUCACUUUGAGUUCACUUGGCAGCAGUUGAUGGUCGGGGUGCAGUCGUCCCUCAUCAUGUUUCCUGUGAACAUCGUCAUCGUCAGCAUCUUCAGACUCUCCAAGUCCAGACCCAAGACCAGUUCCUGCUGUAGACCAGAUUCUGAGGGCCGUCUGACCAAGUCCGGAGCAAAGUCCAAGUCCCGGUCUAUAACCAGACUCCAGAAGCAGCUGGGGUCCGUCCUGUUGGAGCUGGAGGACUAUGUGUCCCACAGAGACGUGAGGAAGGCCCUGCAGCCGGACCCAGCUGAUCUCCACAGAGGAGCAGAGCCCCAGCGGAGGCCAAGACCUGGACCGGCCGAGACCAUGGACCUGGACCAGACUCAGACCAGGUCCAGACCCUCUGUGUUUCAGCAGGAGUCUGUGCAGAGUCCAGGUCCUGAAGGAGAGACUGAGCGAGGGCCACGAGCGCUACAGGUCAGUGAGCACUUCCCCUCUGAGCACUUCCCCUCUGAGCACUUCUCCUCUGAGCACUUCUCCUCUGAGCACUUCUCCUCUGAGCACUUCUCCUCUGAGCACUUCACCUCUGAGCACUUCUCCUCUGAGCACUUCUCCUCUGAGCACUUCUCCUCUGAGCACUUCACCUCUGAGGAGAUCAUCCACCCUCAAAAAUCACAGCUCCUCCCCCCUGGCCCCUCCCGCUUCUCUCUCCCCUGGUACUGUGUAUACCUGGGCUGGCUGCUCGUCGCUGCCUCUGCUGGAGUGAGUGGGUACUUCACCAUGUUGUACGGACUGAGCUUCGGGAAACCCAAGUCUGUGUCGUGGCUCGUGUCCAUGAGCGUCUCCUUCUUCCAGAGCCUCCUCCUCAUCCAGCCCCUGAAGGUGGUGUGUCUGGCAGUGUUCUUCUCUCUGCUGGUGAAGAAGGUGGAGGAGGAGGAGCUCGGGAACGUUCAGAUCCACACAGACAUCAGGAGUAAGGACCAGAUCCUCCACACUCUGUUUACACAUGGUGACACAGAUAUGAGUGUGUAUGCACCUCCUCCUGCCGCUGACAUCGAGGAGAUGAAGAGGAGCAGAGAGCUGGAGACGAAGGCCUACGCCCUGAUGGCCGAGAUCCUGACAUACGCGGGCUUCAUGUGGAUGCUGCUGCUCGUGGCGUACGGACAGAGAGACCCAAACGCCUUCCUCCUGAACCAACACCUCCUGAGGACCUUCAGACCGGAUCCAGACCAGAGUCUCAGUCUGGACCAGGUCUACAGCUGGACCCAGACCAGGCUGCUGCCCAACCUGUUUGGACCAUACCCCGGUUUCAUCACUGAUGGGAACUCGCUCCUGGUGGGUGGGGCUCGGCUAAGGCAGCUGAGGGUGAAGGGCCCCGUGGGUCGGGCCCCUGAGCCUCUGCACAUGCACCGUAACCCUGAGUACACGUGGGACUGGGAGGACAUGGGAUCAUACGGCCCCAAGUGGACCGGCCUAAACAGCACAGAGAGAGACCCAGGGACCGGCCUGAACCGCACAGAGAGAGACCCAGGGACCGGCCUGAACCGCACAGAGAGAGACCCAGGGACCGGCCUGAACCGCACAGAGAGAGACCCAGGGACCGGCCUGAACCGCACAGAGAGAGACCUGGGAGGUCUGGGAAGCGGCCCCUGGAGGUACCAGAAACCGCAGCAGCUCCGGACCCCUGCGCUCUGGGGCCACAGGGUCUUGUACAGAGGAGGGGGGUAUGUGGCCGAGCUCGGGCCGAGGGCGACCAACGCCUCCAGGACUCUACAGUACCUGUGCUCUGUGUUGCAGGACUCUACAGUACCUGUGCUCUGUGUUGCAGGACUCUACAGUACCUGUGCUCUGUGUUGCAGGACUCUACAGUACCUGUGCUCUCGGAGGUGGUUGGACUCUUUGACCAGAGCUGUGUUCGCAGAGUUCACUGUGUACAACGCUAACGUCAAUCUGUUCUGUGUGGUUGCUCUGCUGCUGGAGGCGGAGCACGCCACAGGAGCCUUCUCGUUCCACUGGCAGCUGCAGCCUGUGCGUCUGUACCCGUCCACUGGGGGGCUCCACCUGUUUGUGAUGGCAGCAGAGAUCAUCUACAUGCUGUUCGUGCUCUACUACAUGUACAAACAGGUGCAGAAGCUGCGCACUCAGAGGUUCUCGUACUUCUCUGUGCGCUGGAACCUUCUGGAGCUCAGCAUCAUCGCCCUCUCCUGGGCUGGAGUGGGACUGUUCAUCACCAGGACCGUGUUAGGACAGAGGGAGAUGGACUAUUACCACGCCAACAGAGACAGCUUCCCCAGCUUCUGGUCCGUGGCCUCCUCAGACCAGAUGCUGCAGUACGUGGUGGCCUUCCUGGUGCUUCUGUCCACGGUGAAGCUGUGGCACCUCCUCAGGCUGAACCCCAACAUGGAGCUGGUCUCCUCCGCUCUGACACGCGCCUCCUCUGACAUCUGCAGCUUCCUCCUGGUCAUGGGACUGAUGCUGACCGCCUACGCCACCACCUGUAACAUCCUGUUUGGUUGGAAGAUGGAGUCGUACAAAACUCUGUCUGAUUCUAUGAUUACACUGAUAAGACUCCAGGUCGGGAUGUUCGACUACUCUGAGGUCCUGGACCAAAGCCCAGUUCUUGGCGGUCUCCUGAUUGGUUCCUGUGUGGUCCUCUUGGGGUUUGUGGUCCUGAACCUUCUGGUCUCAGUGAUCCUGGUGUCGUUUCAACAGGAGCAGAUCCACCACCAGCCCUCUGAUGAGGAGGAGGUGGUCCACAUCAUGCUGCAGAAGGUCUUCUCUAUGUUCGGAGUUCGUUACUCAGGGUCGCCCUCUGCAGAGCGGAGCCGGAACUGCAGCAAAAACCAGGAAGAAGAUCUACAGAAGACAGAGCACUGA